GCAGCGUUAUUCGUGUAACAAGUGUUGAGCGGUGCUGACGGUUGCAGUCCGUCAAAGAAAACGCUUUUGAUUUACAUUAAAAUUAAGUUUUCAUGUUUUUAUCGUUUUUUGUUUUGAAGUUUUUAAGCAUUGAGAAAAUGUACGUUUAAUGCAGUGACUCUGAUUUAAAUAAACAAAAUUUAUUUAUUUUUUGUUUUAUUUACACGCUGUAACGAAAGUGUUGUGACCUUAAACAGCUUUUUAAACUGCCGUCAGUGCAAAAUUUUUUUAAAUGUGAUUUUUUAUACUCUUAACCUUCAUAAAAACAGUGUUUUUAAUACUUUACACUCGUGCGAACUUGUUUUACUACACGUUUGUGAAGAAUUUUUGUUUAAAGUGUUUGUCGUUUUCACGUGAUUUUAUUUAUUGAAAACUUGUCGGAGAACAUAAAGCAAAAUAUUACUGUUAACUCUAGCGUUUUGUGCGCAUUUAUCGCUUCUAAUUUGUUGCUGUCAAAGUGGAUUUAACGGCAACACGGCGUCAUCAUGGUUAGCAGCGUCUUAAAGAUAUCGGAAAAAGCGCCGACGGAGUACCCCAAAUCGGUGGCUUUCAUUAUCAGCAAUGAGUUCUGUGAACGCUUCAAUUAUUAUGGCCUACGCACCAUACUGGUGCUGUAUCUCACCACGAAGCUGCACUAUGACAAGGACACGGCGACGGUGCUCUUUCAUAUAUUCUCCAUGUUGGUGUAUUUGUUUCCGUUAGUCGGCGCCAUUAUUGCCGACAGCUGGUUGGGUAAAUUCAGAACGAUACUCUAUCUGUCGAUGGUGUACGCCUUGGGCGGCGUGAUUGUGUCGCUGGGCGCCAUACCGCCGCUGCAGCUGCCUGUGAAAGAAAUCACCAUACUCGGCCUCACAUUGAUCGCACUCGGCACUGGUGGCAUUAAACCGUGCGUCUCGGCAUUCGGUGGCGAUCAGUUCCGCAUGCCCGAGCAAGCCAAGCAGCUCGCCACAUUCUUUUCGCUUUUCUACUUCGCCAUCAAUGCCGGCUCCACCAUCUCGACCACCAUCACACCCAUACUGCGUGAGGAUGUGCAUUGCUUCGGCGAUAAAAACUGCUUCUCGCUGGCUUUCGGCGUACCGGCCAUACUCAUGUUGCUCUCGGUGGUGAUUUUCGUUGCGGGUCGCAAGCUCUAUGUGGUUAAACCACCAGCUGGCAAUAUGAUAUUCGGUGUGUCGAAGUGCAUUUCCGAUGCUAUUGGUGCUUGGCGGCGCGAGCGAAAGUCGAAUCCACGCAAACAUUGGUUGGACUAUGCAGAGGCGAAAUCUGGUCAAAAGAUGGUCGCCGACACCAAAGUAUUGUUAAAGAUUCUAACGCUGUUUUUGCCGUUCCCCGUCUUUUGGGCACUCUUCGAUCAGCAAGGCUCACGUUGGACGUUCCAGGCGACACGCAUGAAUGGCGAAACCUUCGGUUAUGUCAUCAAACCCGAUCAAAUGCAGGUCGUCAAUCCGCUACUCAUUCUUGGCAUGAUUCCACUAUUCACCUACGUGCUCUAUCCGAUUUUGGCUAAGAUUGGCAUCAAGCGGCCCUUGCAAAAGCUCACACUUGGCGGUUUGCUGGCUGCCAUUGCCUUUUUGCUCUCCGCUUUUCUGGAAGUCAAACUGAACGAAGUUGAUCCGGCCCCACUGCCAGAAAUGAGUGCCAAUGUGCGCAUUUACAAUGGCAUGCCUUGCGCUUACCGCUUCAACACGGAGUUGCCACAUCAUCCGAGUGUCGUGGAACCAUUGGACUUGUGGGAGCUUAAGGCCUUAUCAGUACCGAAACCAAUCAGUUAUCCAUUCAAUGCCACCUCGGCCGACAAACGCUGCAAAGACAUCUCCGGCACCUUCCGUCUGACGUCUGGCAAGGAGAUGAGCUACUUUCUCAACGCCGGUGGCGUGCAAGAAUUCAUGGACUCAACGGCCAAAACGAAGCUGGGUAAUCCCAUGGUGCGCGUGCUUUUAAAUGUGCCUGCUGAAGACAGCGCCUUCACGCUGACCGAUGCCGUGGAGACCGCAGUGCCGCUUAUGCUCCGCAAUGCCACACAAGUGGUGAAUGUGGUGCAUGGCGAGAGCGAUUUGCAAGUGGCGAAUACGAAGAUUGCCACCAUCGAUACAAAGGGUGGCGGUGUUUAUGCGCUGAUGGUGCAAGGCAAUCUCAAAGAUGGUUAUACCUCUAAGACCCAUGUUAUAACGCCGCCCAACAGUAUACACAUUAUGUGGCAAUUACCGCAAAUUAUUGUCAUCACAGCUGCUGAGAUCAUGUUCUCCGUCACAGGUCUGGAGUUCUCCUACACACAGGCGCCACCGAGCAUGACAUCCGUGCUGCAAGCCUGCUGGCUGCUCUCCGUCUCCAUUGGCAAUAUGCUGGUGGUGGUUAUAGCCGAAUUGAAAUUCUUCGAAUCACAGGCCGCUGAAUUCGCGCUCUUUGCUGGCCUCAUGAUUGUUGACAUGUUCAUCUUCAUCUUACUCACCAUUCCAUACAAAUAUGUUGAGCACGGCGAGGACCCAGAGGCCAACCAAGUCGUGGUUGCGCCCAACAAUCCAAAGCAGAGAGAAGCCGAGCGCGAAACUUACAUCGGCAACAGAGGAAAUGGCCAUAUGAACGAGGCUUAUGAGGGAGAGCGCUAAUAGACCAAUAGACUACUGUGUUAACUCCGUAAUUUUACGUUAAUUUAAUUUCAUCAUUUUCUUUAUGUCGAGCGCAGGCAGCAGUAGAAACGCUGUGUUGUACUUAAUUAGGUUGUGGUCCACUUAGCUCUAAUCCCAUUGAACACUUUACACUUGCAUAAACUUGUAUUAUUUUCGUGCAUUUUUAACUACCGUUAGGUUUGCCAUUUUGUUCGUGUGCGUGUAUAACGAAUCUCUUGUUAUUUUUUAUGCUAUUUUACGAUUUUAUUUUAUAAAACUCGAAUUUUUAAGUAAUCAUUUAUUUAAUAAGUUUAUCUGUUAGAUUAUUGUCGCGUCGCUAUGCGCCGCAGCUUUGUUUAUGUAGAUAUGUACAUUUAAUUGAAUAGCUGUAGAGUUCCACAAAUUAUUGUUUAUAGUUCUGGCAGCUAAAUUCUGUUUUAUCUUAAUAAUUUAUUUGUAGAGAAAAUAUAUAUUCAUACAAUUUAAUUAAACA